CCCCCCCUCCCAGAUGUUUGAGCCCAAGAGCUGCACCUACACCUACCUGCUGGGCGACCGCGAGGCGCGCGAGGCCGUGCUCAUCGACCCGGUGCUGGACACCGCCGGCCGCGAUGCCCAGCUGGUGAAGGAACUGGGGCUGCGGCUGCUGUAUGCGGUGAAUACCCAUUGCCACGCUGACCACAUCACAGGCUCUGGGGCUCUCAGGUCGCUGCUCCCUGGCUGCCAGUCGGUCAUCUCCCGCCUCAGCGGAGCCAAGGCUGAUUUGCACAUCGACGAUGGCGACUCCAUCCGCUUUGGACGCUUCGCCUUGGAGGCCCGAGCCAGCCCUGGCCACACUGCAGGCUGUGUCACCUUUGUCCUGAAUGACCACAGUAUGGCCUUCACUGGAGAUGCCCUGCUGAUUCGAGGGUGUGGGCGGACAGACUUCCAGCAAGGCUGUGCUAAGACAUUGUACCACUCAGUCCAUGAAAAGAUCUUCACACUUCCAGGGAACUGUCUCAUCUACCCGGCUCAUGAUUACCAUGGGCUCACAGUUUCCACUGUGGAGGAAGAACGGACUCUGAACCCUCGGCUCACUCUCAGCUGUGAGGAGUUUGUCAAGGUCAUGAACAACCUGAACUUGCCUAAGCCUAAGCAGAUAGAUGUUGCUGUCCCAGCAAACCUGCGCUGCGGGGUCUAGACCCCCCUUUCCUGACUUGCCUGUCAGGUGCUGGCACUGUGGUUAAAGAUGCACUUGGUGAGAUGAAGGGAGGGGCUGUCACUGAGCCUCCUCUUUUCUCCCACCCCUAUCCCUCCAGCCCCUUAAACUUCGUAAAUAAAAACUGAUUAUUUUACCAC